AUGGCGGAUGGGCCUCUGAAAAGAAAUUUGCCAGUGUACUUGGCUCCUUGGAGGGCUUCUCCGUGCGUCUUUAGAUCCUCCAAAUCAGAACUCAAGCCAAAUAUAGCCAGUGAUGGAGUUGUGUGUGCUCCACUUCAGACAUUCACUGAAGAGGAGACAAUGCUGAAAAAUAUGGUGACAAAAUUUGCUCAGGAACGAGUUGCACCUUUUGUGCAAAAAAUGGAUGAGGAUUCGAAAAUGGAAGACUCUAUAAUACAGGGAUUGUUUGAACAAGGGCUGAUGAGUAUUGAUCUUGGGGAAGAAUAUGGAGGAACUGGAGCUUCUUUUUUUUCAAUCAUAUUGGUGGUAGAAGAAUUGGCCAAAGUUGAUCCAGCUGUAGCUCUUCUAUGUGAACUCCAAAAUACGCUAACAAAUAAGUUGUUCGUGACGUAUGGCACAGAAGAACAAAAAAGAACUUACUUGCCCAGAGUCGCUAAAGAUACAAUAGGCAGUUUCUGUCUUUCGGAGGCUGGAGCUGGCAGUGAUGCUUUUUCUUUGAAGACUCGGGCUGAAAAGAAAGGAGACUACUAUAUUAUCAAUGGCUCAAAGAUGUGGAUUAGCUUAGCAGAACACGCAGGAGUUUUCUUUGUGAUGGCAAAUACAGAUCCGUCCUUAGGAUACAGGGGAAUUACAUGCUUCAUAGUAGACCGCAACACAGAGGGACUGCAUGUGGGAAAGAAGGAGGACAAGCUUGGAAUCAGAGCAUCUUCCACCUGCCCAGUAACAUUUGAAAAUGUUAAGGUUCCUGAGACCAAUAUCCUGGGAAAAGUUGGACAAGGCUAUAAGUACGCAAUUGGAAUGCUGAAUACCGGCAGAAUAGGUAUUGCUGCACAGAUGUUAGGACUGGCACAGGGGUGGAGAGUCCAGUUUGGGAAAAGCGUAUUCGAUUUCCAGGGGAUGCAACAUCAGAUAGCUCAGGUGGCCACGCAGUUGGAGGCGGCGAGAUUGCUGACCUACAACGCAGCUCGUCUUGCAGAAACGGGAAGGCCAUUCAUCAAGGAGGCAAGCAUGGCCAAAUACUACGCUGCUGAGGUUGCAACACUGACAACUAGUAAAUGUAUUGAAUGGAUGGGUGGCGUUGGAUUCACAAAAAACUAUCCAAUAGAAAAGUACUAUCGUGACUGCAAGAUAGGUACAAUAUAUGAAGGAACUUCAAAUAUCCAGUUGAGCACCAUUGCAAAAAGCUUAGCACAGGAGUACUGA